AUGGUUCGUAUUUGCUGUGUGGUCGGCUGCAAUGUUCGAUCGCACGACCGGCAAGAGAAUAAGCUUGAAAAGGACAUUUUCAUUCCGAUCAUCAAAGAGUUCAGACGCAUCACCACAGUUUCCUUGGUGGAGACAUUCAUGCUGAAACUUGAUGAGUACACACCAGGUCUUUUGCAGCUUAUGCGUGCCAAAGGAGGAGCUGCUGGUUCUAAGAUGAGACCUCUGCUGGACACUUUGAAUAACGAAUGUGAGGAUUACACAGACAAUAUGAUGAAGGUGAUCGUGAUCCACAACAUCAUGGCUGAGGAGGAUCCAUCAGAUGUGCUCAUUGUGAUUGAGGGAAACCAAAUGAUGGAAGGAUCUCCUACAGCUCUAACAGCAGUGAUCCAAACACAGCAGACUGUGCUGGCAGCAGUGGGAGAAGAUGCUGAAUUCAGCUGUCAGCUCUUGGAGACUAAAGACGUCCUUCAGGUCACAUGGCAGAAAAGCUCACAUGAUGUGGAGACAAAUGUUGCCACCUACAACAAGUACUUUGGCCAAAAAGUGAAUACUGACUUUACAGAUAAAGUAGAGUUUAAAUAUACUGGACUACAGAACUGCUCCAUAAUCAUCAGGAAUGUGACGGAGCAGGAUGAAGGAUACUAUAGGUGUUUGUUUAACACUUAUCCUGAAGGCUCCUUCAUUGGUAGAACCUGCCUCCAAGUUUACGAGCUGCAUGAACCUGUUGUUGAUGUCAGAGAGUCAAACUCUACUGAAGAGUGGGUUGUUUCCUGUUCAGCCACUGGUCGACCUGCUCCCACUGUAACACUCAGUGUCUCACAACAAGACCUCAACUUCUCACAGUACAACACUGUCAGUGUGUCCAACACCAACGCUACAUUCACUGUCACCACUACAGCUGUGCUCUCAGGUUCACGUAAACACAGCACACAGGUGGGAUGUGCAGCACGAGUGCUCUCUGCUCCUCACAGAGAGGUGAUGGUGAUGAUUCCUGAUGAUGAUGAUGAGCUAGAUGAGAAAUCAGGAUACAAUCCCAGGAAUUUAGGUGUGUUAACAUUUAGAGAGCUCAUCUUCUGA